AUGGGCCAAACAGCAUCCCAACCGGUGCCUGAUAAGACCUUGAAAGUCAUAGGAGCCGGUCUGUCGAGAACCGGAACAACUUCCUUCGGCGCCGCUUGCUCGUACCUGUUGGACGGCCCGUGCUACCAUGGAGGGACACAAAUGCUCAAUUCUCCGGAAUCACACAUCAAACGCUGGAUCGAAAUCAUUAGACAUACUCCAGUGAAGGGCGAGGCGGACCGUGUGGCACUCCACGACGGAGUCAAGGAGUUGCUUGAUGGAUAUGUCGCCUGUACCGACCUGCCAGCCAACGCCUUCGUCGAAGAAUUGAUGGAGAUCUACCCCGAUGCCAAAGUCAUCUGCACAGUUCGCGAUCCCGAAAAAUGGUGGAACAGCAUGGCUCCGAUUGUCGAGAAGGGAAACCUUACUCUUUUGUCUUGGAUUCUGGCGCCUCUCCCGACUCUGCGCAUGUUUAGGACGUACCACGAUGCCAUUGACGAUGGCCGUGUUGGCGAACUGUACUUCCGCCCUGGGGAGCCUAAGAGACCGACCAGGCUGAUGUGGGAACGACACAUCGAGCACCUCAAGAAGGUCGUGCCCAAGGAGAAGCUGUUCUUCUACGAUGUCCGUGACGGAUGGGAGCCGUUAUGCGCCAUCCUCGGUGUUCCUGUUCCCAAGGAUGUCCCGUUCCCCAGACUGAACGAUGCGCAAGCCAUGGAGACUUUCAUGAAAACUAGUGCUCGACGGGGCCUGAUGGCAUGGGCCAGCAUAUUCUUGACGGUGGCUGGUGUUGGGUUCUAUGGUGCCAAAUAUGCCAGGUUGAUAUGA